UCUGGCUCAUGCAGCUGCCUCCAUCUUGGACCCAUAGUUGGCCCAUAGCCCCAAGAAAUCCCUCUUUAUAGUUGCUCAAUCCGCUGAGAAUUAUCUCUUCACCAAGGAAUGUAGAAGUUCCUGUCGGUCUCUAUUAUAAUGAAGUCUUUAUAUGAUGAAAUUGUUGGAACGUCCUGUCCCAUCUCUUUCCUUCCUUCUCCAUCUCUAUAAAUAGUCCUUCACCUGGACAGCUCAUAUCUCCAGUCCUCACCAGACAUGGCACCAAUGACCGUCUCUCUCAUUUUGCUCGUUCUGUUUUGUGCCGGAACCUACAGCAAACCAGCAGCGCCAACUGUAAAACCUGGAACCUGUCCACUUCCAAUUACAAGAUGUGCCGCUACUUUAAAAGGAAACUGUACAACUGACUCAGAUUGUUCUGGAAACCUGAAGUGCUGCACCCCAGUGUGUACACCGACCUGUACAAGGCCUCUCCCAGAAAAAAUUAAACCUGGAAAUUGUCCUGUAGUGAAUGCCUUAAUAGGCUGUUCUAUUCCUGGUCCUAAGCCAGGGUGCUUUAUUGAUGAGAAUUGUCCUGGGGAUCAGAAGUGCUGCAAGCCGAUUUGUAGCUGGACCUGCACAAAGCCUGUUAAAGAUAAAGGUAAACCUGGGAAGUGUCCUGUAGUAAAUACAUUUGUACCCUGUUCUACUCCUGCUCCUAAGCCGCUGUGCCGCUCUGAUCAGAACUGUUCUGGGAAGAAGAAGUGCUGCAACUAUGGCUGUCAGAUCAUGUGCACCGAUCCUGAACUCUAAACAAAUCCCUGAACAUCAGCCAUGAGCACAGAGGAGAGUCCACUACCAGCUCCAAUAUCUCAUGUAAUUCUGUAUGCACAGCUGUGUUUGUUCUAAGUCUAAUAAAAUAAUCAUUAUCCCCAUCA